GCAUUAUAAAAAGUCAGCUCUUCUGCGAUCUUCCCUCUCAGACCACUAUGACCUUCUCCAGCGGAGCAAACAGAAGUGAACCCAGCAGCAAACAGCUUUCGAAAGAUGACUGCGUGGAUGUUGUCAGUUUUCCUUCUCGUCACCGGGUGUUUCCUGCUGGACACUGAGGGUUAUCCCGAUGGACAAGUUGGGGAGUCGUGCCAAAGCAUGAUGCCCAACCACAACGGAACAAUGCCCCAGAGCUCACCUUCACCGUUCAAUGUCACAGCCAGCAAGAGCUGGUUUCACCCUGGAGAGGAGAUCACAGUUACCCUGGAAGCUGAGAAUGGAACCUCUUUCAGAGGUUUUCUACUGCAGGCCAGAACUGUCGGGACAAACAUGACUUCUGGCUCUUUCAAGAUUCUCAACGCGAACACCUCUCAGGGGCUGACAUGUAAUAUCUCAAAUGAUACUGUCAGUCAUACAUCUUCAUUACAGAAGCAAUCGAUAAACGUUGUGUGGGUGGCACCAGUGUCUGGUCAAAUGGAAGAUAUUGAAUUCAGAUCUACAUUUGUCGAAUAUGAGUACAAAUUCUGGGUCGGGGUUAAAAGUAACACCAUCACACCGGCCAACGGCACUGAAAACUCCUCUUCCACCGCGCAACCUGACAACCAUUCUGCCUCUCCAACUGCUGCAGAGGGAGACUCAUACAGCCACGUUUCUACAACUGCUGCAGAGGGAGACUCAUACAGCCACGUUUCUACAACUGCUGCAGAGGGAGACUCAUACAGCCACGUUUCUACAACUGCUGCAGGGGGAGACUCACACAGCCAGGUUUCACAGCCGGCAGAUGGGUCAACCGUCGGCAGCACCCCUCAGAAUUCAGGACACGGAAACUGGGCGUCUCCUUCUACCACUGUCUUUCCUGUCCUCGUAGUCCUGACGGCCGCAGGUGCCACCAGAAUCACCACCACGGCCUCUCUCUCCGCUGGCACCGGCACCGCGGUCCUCAUCUUCGCUGCCAUCUUCUGCCCGACGUCCUUAUUCCCGGGCAUGUAGCUCUGGAAGGACCUCAGGACUCGAUUCCAAUUCACACCGAAAGCGUUUCUGAAGCGUUUUUUCCAUCGUCCGUCUCAUGUCUGACUCACGGAACAGACCCGCUUCCAUUUUAACCAAUGUUUCAAUCCACACCGGCUCCGCGAGUCCGUCCGCCAGCGUUUUGUUUUACGCUCCGAGUCUUAUUUUAUUUCCACUUGAGCGUGAGUGUAGCGUAACCCCCCAAGAGAUCCAUUCAAAUCGCACAAAACUCACACUUUCUAUACCCUGUGAACUACAUAAACACAACCUACAACAAUAUUAUGCUCAUGCUGGGCCAGUGUGGUCCGUUGAUACUGUGCAACUUCUCACUUUGUUGUCACAAGCACAAUAACUAGUUGAUGACGCCGAUACAGGUCAAGUAUUGUGGUUGUUUAGCCACAAGAAACAGAGAUCUGUUGCUUGUCCACCGGCCCGUGUCGGGUUUUAAUCAACUACACCGUGUUGUAAUUACAACUCGGGUGUUUCUCUCUCUCUCUCUCUCGAAUGUUCCGUUGACUUUCCCCAUGUUUGAAUACGGAAAACGGUCGGGAGUUGGUGUGGAUUGGAUGGAUGGCAUCUUACGCUACGCUUCAUUGCACUGACUUGUCGCUUCAGGUGUGAAUUCGGGGUGACCCGAGUUGGGCUGGACUGGUG